AUGGACGGCUCUUCCGCUCCCUCAUCGCCCACCCCCGACCCGACCUUUGACCGGUUCGCCGGCAACGUCACCUUCUUCCUCGCCGACCACAUCACCACCACCUCGGUGCCCAUGCCCGUCCUCAACGCCUACUACGACGAGUCCCUCUGCACCACCAUGAACUACGGCGCCCAGCUAGGCGCCUGCCUCGUCAUGCUCGUCGUCGUCGUCGCCCUCACCCCGGCCGCCAAGCUCGCCCGCCGCCCGGCCUCGGCCUUGCACCUCGUCGGCCUGCUCCUCUGCGCCGUCCGCUCCGGCCUCCUCUUUGCCUACUUUGUCUCCCCCAUCAGCCACUUCUACCAGGUCUGGGCCGGCGACUUCUCCGCCGUCUCCCGCCGCUACUGGGACGCGAGCCUCGCCGCAAACACCCUCGCUUUCCCCCUCGUCGUCGUCGUCGAGGCCGCCCUCAUCAACCAGGCCUGGACCAUGGUCGCCUUUUGGCCCCGCGCCGCAAAGGCCGCCGCUUGCGCCUGCUCCGCCGUCAUUGUCCUCCUGACUAUUGGCACUCGCCUCGCCUACACCAUUGUCCAGAACCACGCCAUCGUUACUGCCGUGCCCCCGGAGCACUUCCUCUGGGCCAUUCAGUGGUCUGCCGUCAUGGGCGCCGUCUCCAUCUUUUGGUUCUGCGCCGUCUUCAACGUCAAGCUCGUCUGUCACCUCGUCGCCAAUCGUGGCAUUCUCCCGUCCAUCAGCGUCGUCAACCCCAUGGAAGUCCUCGUCAUGACAAACGGCACCCUGAUGAUCAUACCAUCCAUCUUUGCUGGGCUUGAGUGGGCCAAGUUCACAAACUUUGAAUCCGGCUCCCUCACUCUCACCUCUGUAAUCAUCAUCCUACCCCUCGGCACUCUCGCUGCCCAGCGCAUCUCCGGCCAGGGCUCUCAGGGCUACCAGGCCGGCCACCUCUUCCACGAGCAGCAGCAGCAGCAGGCUCGCACACGCAGCGGCGCCUUUGGCAGCGCCUCUCAGCAGAGCCACCCGACCAACAAAGUCCCCUCCAGUAUUACCCUUUCCACCAGCGGCACGCCCAUCACGCCGCAAAUCUCGGCUGGCUCUCGGCCGGAGCUGCCCCUCGUGGAUCGGUCUGAGCGUCUGGACCCCAUCGACCUCGAGCUUGGUAGAAUCGAUGCCUUUCGUGGGUCCUCGGACUUUUCGCCAUCGACAGCUCGGCCAAAGAGAAUGCAAAGAGACAACUUUGCAUAG